AUGACAACAGACGACCAACGAGAAGCUACUGAAACGGAUGAACUCCUUCAUCACCCUCAUCUAUGCCCAACAAUAAUCCAAGAUACAUCAGCCGGUCUGGCCGGUCUAGUUGCAGCCGAACUCGCUGCCGAAGAUGAAGGACUCUUAUCUCCAACAAUCUUAAAAACCCACGAAUAUGGCUCGAUACACAAACCAGGCGAUACAGAAACCACCUACGAAAUAGACGAUCCGCAUGGAGGAUAUGCAUUACCGAAAAGGCAAUUAUAUACUGUUGUAUCCAGUAUCUUUAUGGGAGCUUUUUUGGCCGCACUUGAUGCAACUGUAGUCACCACUUUGUUGACCUUGAUUGCGUCUGAUUUGAAUGCCGUUUCGGACAUUUCGUGGAUUGCAACUGCGUAUUUAUUAUCAUCGGCUGCGUUCCAGCCUAUAUUUGGGAAAUUAUCUGAUAUUUUUGGAAGAAAAGUAUUGUUGAUUUCUUGUUCGAUUUUGUUUGCUAUUGGAUGUACGAUUUGUGUAACUGAUUCAUUAUUUUGGUUAGUCGUGGGGAGAUUUGUCACUGGAUGGGGAGGAUCUGGUUUGACUUGUUUGGGUACUAUUACUAUGUCAGAUAUAAUUCCUUUAAGGGAUCGUGGAUUUUAUCAAGGAUUAGCAAAUGUGUUUUUUGGAUUAGGUUCUGCCUCAGGAGGGAUUAUUGGUGGAUUGGUAGCUGACAGUUUGGGUUGGAAAUAUGUUUUUAUAUUACAAGUACCAUUGGCAUUGAUUGUAGGAUUGGCUAUUCAUUUUAAUUUGAACUUACCUGAAGGUUCUCCAGGAUUGGGUGCACACGGUCAAGAUAUAAGACAAAAAUUAAAACGAGUCGAUUUCUUGGGAUCAUUCUUCUUGGUUACUUCGUUAAUGAUGUUCUUAAUCGCCGCAUCCGUGGGAGGAAGAGAAAUCGCCUAUUCUUCAAAGACAUUUAUGGGCUUAUCAGUGGGUGCAUUACUCUUUUUAAUUGCAUUUGCAUACACUGAAGCCUAUAUUUCCGAAGAACCAAUUAUCCCAAUUGAAUUAUUAGGCAAUCGAACCGUAGUGGCAUCCUCAUUAACCAAUUGGUUCUACACCAUGGGUAUAUUCACCACAUUAUUCUAUGUCCCAGUAUACUACACCUCAGUCAUGGACUUCACAGCCACCCAAAAUGGAUUAAGAUUGAUUCCAAAUUUCGUAGGGGUAUCCUUUGGAUCUGUCGGUGCUGGACUCUAUAUGAAGAAAACUGGUCGUUAUUACAAACUUGCAGUCAUAGCUGGUAUUGUUUCCGUAUUGGGUGUAUCUAGAAUCGUGGCAAUCACCCCGUCUAUACCUACUUGGCAACAACUUUUGUUGUUAUUGCCUUCUGGGUUGGGAUAUUCGUGCUUGUUAACAAUCACAUUGCUUGCAUUAAUAGCGGCCGUACCAAUGAAGUAUCAAGCCUGUACUACUUCGAUUCAAUAUACGUUCAGAGCAACUGGGUCUACUUUGGGAGUUUCCAUCGCAUCGGCAAUUUUUCAGAAUGUGUUGUUGAUAAGAUUGACCAAAUCUAUUAAUGAUCUCGUUAGUGAUCAGAAACAAGCAUCCAAGAUUAUUGAAAAGGCAUUAGCGAAUACUAAUUAUAUUCGAGACGCACCAAAAUAUGUUCGUGGAGCAAUUAGGGAAUCAUAUGCUGAUGGAUGCAGAGGUGCGUUUAUAUUCGCAUUGGUUACGGUUGUACUUGGAUAUGUUUCUUCAUUAUUCAUGAGAGAACAUAAGUUACAUACCAGUAUGAAUAGGGAUUAG